GUGAAGCCAGUGCCUGGCGUCUGUCGUUUUGAAUGGGCACCAGCACGGAUAUAGAUACUAUAGAUAUCUAUAUCCGUGGGCACCAGUGACAUUACCACGAUGUUAGUAAUGUUAGUACAAUAUGUUUUUAGCGUACUUAUUGAAUGUCUUAUUCCUUAGAAAGAUAACGGUAAAUGACGGAUCUAAUCAUAAUAAUAUUUUAUUUUAAUAACCGUUAUCUGAUAAAGUAUUAAAUUAUACAAAUAUAAAUUAUCAAUUAUCAAUAACAUCUGCUCUGCAGUGUUUAUAUCACAGUCUUCAAGCAACUUACAGGUAUUUACAUUUUAAAUGUAAAACAAUAAUAAAUAAUUAAAUAAUUUAAUUUUGGUGAAACGACUGAAACUUCAUACAAAGCAUUAUUAUAUUAACUAUAUAAAUCCCACAUGCACUAUACCAAAAUAGCUGGUUAUAUAUAAUAUGGAACAUAAAAUUAAUGACAAUAAAUCUGAAACUGAAACUUGCUUAAUUAAUGAAACCAGGCAAUAUUAUGAUGUUACAGCAAAUAAUACUAGUAUAGAAACACAACAAUUUUCAAAUGAUAAGCGAAAAGAUUUUUUAAACUGGGAUGACUUUUUUAUGGCAACAGCAUUCCUGGUUGCUAAACGUAGUAAAGAUCCUGUAACACAAGUGGGUGCUUGUAUUGUUACCCCGGACAAAAAAAUUGUUGGUACAGGAUAUAAUGGAAUGCCUAUUGGUUGUAAUGAUGACGAUUUUCCAUGGUGUAAAAAUAAUCCUUCAAAGUUAGACAACAAAUAUUUCUAUGUAUGCCAUGCUGAAAUGAAUGCUGUGUUAAAUAAAAAUUCUAUGGAUGUACAUAAUUGUACGAUGUAUGUUGCGCUUUUUCCAUGUAAUGAAUGUGCAAAAAUAAUUAUUCAAGCAGGUAUCAAAGAAAUAGUGUAUAUGUCUGAUAAGUAUAGCUUUAAGCCAGAAAUGGUUGCCGCUAAAAGGAUGUUUAAAGCAUCAGGUGUAUCAACCAGACAACACAUUCCAUCUAAACAGCAUCUUGUAAUUGAUUUUUCAGAAAUAAAUUCAAAUAUGACACAAAUGCCUAGUACUCCUGAUAAAUCAAAUUAUAAAUAAUUUUAUUUAAUGUAUAACUGUAUUUAACUCAAAUUAUUAUAAUAACCAAUAAUUUUUAAUAUUAAAUAUUACCUGUGAUGAUAAUCACAAAACUAUUUCUUUUUGAAUAUUUUGUAUUAUCUAUUUGUACUUACAAUAUAUUAAAAAAGCUAUUUUACAAUUCAAA